AUGUUAGCGGUCGGGGCGAUGGAGGGCACCCGGCAGAGCGCGUUCCUGCUCAGCAGCCCGCCCCUGGCCGCGUUGCACAGCAUGGCCGAGAUGAAGACCCCACUGUACCCCGCCGCCUACCCCCCGCUGCCCUCAGGUCCCCCUUCCUCCUCGUCUUCAUCCUCCUCCUCGUCCUCGCCCUCUCCGCCCCUGGGCGCGCACAAUCCGGGGGCCCUGAAGCCCCCCGCAGUCGGGGGGCUCUCGUCCCUGGGCAGCCCCCCGCAGCAGCUCUCGGCAGCCACCCCGCACGGCAUCAACGACAUCCUAAGCCGGCCGUCCAUGCCCGUGGCCUCCGGGGCAGCCCUGCCCUCUGCCUCGCCCUCGGGUUCCUCGUCCUCGUCCGCCUCCGCCUCCUCUGCCUCCGCCGCCGCCGCGGCUGCUGCUGCUGCCGCCGCCGCCGCCUCCUCCCCGGCGGGGCUGCUGGCCGGCCUGCCCCGCUUCAGCAGCCUGAGCCCGCCGCCGCCGCCCCCCGGCCUCUACUUCAGCCCCAGCGCCGCGGCCGUGGCCGCCGUGGGUCGUUACCCCAAGCCGCUGGCCGAGCUGCCUGGCCGGACGCCCAUCUUCUGGCCCGGAGUGAUGCAGAGCCCACCCUGGAGGGACGCGCGCCUGGCCUGCACCCCUCAUCAAGGGUCCAUUUUGCUGGACAAAGACGGGAAGAGAAAACACACGAGGCCCACUUUCUCCGGCCAGCAGAUCUUCGCCCUAGAGAAGACUUUCGAACAAACGAAAUACUUGGCGGGGCCUGAGAGGGCUCGCUUGGCCUACUCGCUGGGGAUGACCGAGAGUCAGGUCAAGGUCUGGUUCCAGAACCGCAGGACCAAGUGGAGAAAAAAGCACGCCGCCGAGAUGGCCACGGCCAAGAAGAAGCAGGACUCGGAGACCGAGCGGCUCAAGGGGACCUCGGAGAACGAGGAGGAGGACGACGACUAUAACAAACCCCUGGACCCCAACUCGGACGACGAGAAGAUCACGCAGCUGCUGAAGAAGCACAAGUCCAGCGGCGGAGGCGGCGGGGGCGGCGGGGGCCUCCUGCUGCACGCAUCCGAGACCGAGGGCUCCUCCUGA